AUGGCGUCUGGCGGAGGAAACAUCAAGGUCGUGGUGCGAUGCAGGCCCUUCAACGGCCGCGAGAAGGCGCGCAAUGCACAGUGCAUCGUGCAGAUGAAGGGCGACCAGACCAUCCUCUCCCCUCCCCAACAUGCCGAUAUCAAGGGGAAAGCCGCCAAAGCCGCCUCCGAGGGCACCAAGACAUUCGCCUUCGACAGAUCGUACUGGUCUUUCGACCGCGACGCUCCCAACUAUGCCGGCCAGGACAACCUCCACGAGGAUCUUGGCAAGCCGCUGCUCGACAAUGCCUUCCAGGGCUACAACAACUGUAUCUUCGCCUACGGCCAGACGGGUUCGGGAAAGUCGUACUCUAUGAUGGGCUAUGGCGCUGAGUACGGAAUCAUCCCCAAGAUUUGCCAGGACAUGUUCGAGAGGAUCAAGGGGUUACAAGCGGACAAGAACUCGUCCUGCACCGUCGAAGUGUCCUACCUGGAAAUCUACAACGAGCGCGUACGCGACCUGCUGAACCCCUCGAAUAAAGGGAACCUGCGAGUUCGCGAGCAUCCGUCCACCGGUCCCUAUGUCGAAGAUCUCGCCAAGUUGGUCGUCCAGUCCUUUCCCGAAAUCGAGAACCUCAUGGACGAGGGAAACAAGGCCCGUACCGUAGCUGCCACCAACAUGAACGAGACGUCCUCGCGAUCGCACGCCGUCUUCACCCUUACCCUUACCCAGAAGCGCCACGAUGUCGAGACAAGCAUGAGCGGAGAGAGGGUCGCCAAAAUCAGUUUAGUCGAUUUGGCCGGAUCAGAACGAGCUCAGUCGACGGGUGCGACUGGCGCGAGAUUGAAAGAGGGUGCCGAGAUCAACAGGUCUCUGUCUACACUGGGUCGCGUCAUUGCAGCGCUUGCAGACCAGUCGUCAGGAGGCAAGAAGAAGGGUACCCAAGUGCCAUACCGAGACUCCAUCUUGACAUGGCUCUUGAAAGACUCUUUGGGAGGAAACAGUAUGACAGCCAUGAUUGCUGCCAUUUCUCCCGCCGACAUCAACUUCGAGGAGACCCUCUCGACCCUCCGCUACGCCGACUCCGCGAAACGCAUCAAGAACCAUGCCGUCGUAAACGAAGACCCGAACGCGCGCAUGAUCCGAGAGCUCAAGGAAGAACUGUCAAAACUGCGGACUCAGCUGGGUGGAGGAGGCGGUGGAGUUGCCGGAGCGAAUGGCAUCAUAGAAGAACAGUACGCACCGGAUACACCGUUGGAGAAGCAGAUCGUUUCUAUCACCCAAGCAGACGGCUCAAUCAAGAAGGUAUCCAAGGCCGAGAUUGCCGAGCAGCUUGAUCAAUCAGAGAAACUCUACACCGAGCUGAACCAAACCUGGGAAGAGAAGUUGCAGAAGACGGAAGAGAUUCACAAGGAACGAGAAGCCGCGCUGGAAGAGCUUGGUAUCAGCAUCGAAAAAGGUUUCGUUGGGUUGUCAACACCAAAGAACAUGCCUCAUUUGGUCAACUUGAGUGAUGAUCCACUCUUGACUGAAUGUCUCGUCUACAACCUAAAACCGGGCACGACGACCGUUGGCAAUUCUGAUGUUGAAGGCCAAACCGCACAAAUACGUCUGAAUGGCUCGCAGAUCCUUGCCGAACACUGUCACUUCGAAAACGUGGACGGCAAGGUGACGGUGAUACCCCAGGAAACCGCUAGCGUCAUGGUCAAUGGUGUACGCAUCGACAAGCCAAGAUUACUCAAGAGCGGCCACCGCAUCAUCCUUGGCGACUUCCACAUCUUCCGUUUCAACAAUCCGCAAGAGGCAAGAGCUGAGCGUGCUGAAGUAGGUACAAGCCUACUUCGACAGACGGUUACCGCCAGCCAGCUCAACUCUCCCUCGCCUGCACCAAGACCCGGUCACGACAGAUCGUACAGCGCCAUCAGUAUCGCAAACUCUGAUUUCGACCCCGAUAGUCCGAGGGCAGGAUCGCCUGCAUUUUGGCAACGCGGUCGUGAAUCCGAGUUCUCCUACGCCCGUAGAGAAGCUCUUACGGCGUGGCUGGGACCAGACAAACGCAUCGAAAAUCUCCCAGACGAAGACUUCGAGGCACUGUUUGAAGAUCUCAGCAGGUUGCGCGAAACCCGCAAAGCACGUCCCGAGAGUCGCAUUUUCAGCGACGAGGACACAGAGUCCAUGUCCUCAUACCCUGUACGAGAGAAGUAUGCUUCUGGAGGGACACUAGACAACUUCUCGCUCGAUACCAUGUUAACGAUGCCAUCCACGCCAAGGCAAGACGGCAGCGAAAAGAUGGAGGAAAUACGAGAAGACAUGGAAGAGAAGAUGGACAAGCGGAAGGAGGACUACAGUGCAAAGCUGAAAGCUGACGCAGAAGCUAAAGUCGAGCUGGAAGAGCUGCGAGCUGCGAAGGAAGAAAUGCAGAAGCAGCUGCAACAGCAGAAAGAGGCUUUUGCACGUCAAAUGAAAGAGCUUGGCCACGAGUGGGUACCUGAACCUGAAAGCAGCGGAACGCCGGAAGCCGAAGCCGAGGCCGAAGCCGAAGCAAAGGAUGCACACAACGAGCAGAACGAGCAGCAACUGGAGUUGAUCCGGACUGUUUUCAAACAGUGGCGGCGAAGAAAGUACGUCACCAUGGCGGAGACACUUUUGCAGAACGCCGCUGUUCUGAAGGAGGCUCAAGUUAUGAGUCAACAGAUGGACAAGCGCGUCGUCUUCCAAUUCUGCAUUGUCGAUAUCGGACAUACUGUCCCGUCAUCUUACGACUUGGUGAACAUGGGCAUUCCAGGUGAAGACGAUGAAUAUCUCGACAGCCAGUCCAAGCCUUGCGUUGGUGUUCGCGUCAUCGACUUCAAGAACGAAGUGGUGCACCUAUGGUCAUUACAGAAGCUACGCGAUCGCGUACGACGGAUGCAUCAAAUGCAUCAGUAUAUGAACCGACCAGAAUACUUCCAGCAUUUCAACCCGGAGUCACCGUUCUCAGAACCUUGCAUGCCCGAGUUCUCACGCAUCGGCGAUGUGGACGUUCCGCUAGCUGCUGUGUUCGAAUCAAGAGUACGAGACUUCAGUCUGGACGUCAUCUCUCCUUACACAGCAAACCCCAUUGGUAUUAUCCGACUAUCGCUAGAGCCUUCGUCUGCAGAAGCACCUUCGACUACGCUCAAGUUCAAUGUCGGUAUGCAUGAGCUUGUUGGGUUUCCGGAACGAGAGGGCACCCAAGUCCACGCUGUGCUCUUUGUACCUGGUAUCUCGGACGAGAGUGGAGCCACGACCACGACCUGGAUCACCGAUUUCAACGAAGGUCCUAUUCGUUUUGAGAGUGUGCACAGCAUGAGUCUUCCCUACCCGAGCCCGCGCGAUACCUUCCUUCGAAUCUCCAUCUUCGCCAAGGUUACAGACAUUCACCUCGAUAAAUUGCUGAGCUGGGAUGACAUGCGCGACUCUGCGGAAAAGCCCAAGCAGAAGCGCCGUCAUGCACGACUUCCAGAGUCAGAGUUUUACACAGAAGAUACACAUGACAUCUUCUCCCGCAUCCAGAUUCAUGAGAUUACUGACGAUGGGACAUACCAACCCGUCGAGGUAACACAGAGCAACGUCAUGGACGCUGGGGUAUACCAACUCCACCAGGGUCUAGCGCGCCGCAUCGUUGUUAACCUCACCCAUACUUCUGGAGACACAAUACAAUGGGAGGAUGUCAAGUCGCUGCGCAUGGGUCACAUCCGAUUGGUCGAUGCAGCUGGUAACAGUCCUAACUACGGCUCACCCGUAAAAGAAGUGCCUGUCGAUCUGACAUCCCCACCUGUCAUCAGGAAGAACGCCGAUGGCACCACAAAUGUCAAAUUUGUAGGACGAUGGGACAGUACGGCUCACGCGUCUCAAAUUCUCGAUCGGGCGACAAAGGACAACUUCCGCGUGAAAGUCACGCUACUGUUCGACGUCACAUCUUCCAAGCUUAUCGAACCGAUGUCGUUCUCUUUCGACCUCUUCGUACAAAUCCGGGGUCGUUCUUACAUGCGCCAGACCUCUCUCUUCUCGUUAGCGAACAUCUGGAAUACGGUGAAGGUCGUUCACUCGACAGUAGGAAUCUUCAACGUUGCUAUUCGCCCCACUUCCGUCAAGCGUGCGACAGAUCUUUGGCGAAUGAACACGAAAGAUGACUACGUGAAGGGUGAAGAGCAGCUCGCGGGCUGGACGCCGCGUGGUGUUUCGCUGGUACGCGACUUCAUCCACAUAGAAAAGCGCCGCGCUCGAAUCGCAGAGAUAGAAACAGCGCGUUCUGUUUUGUCGUCCAAGGCAUUGAGCAUACCUGCUUCCGCACUUGCGUCCUCAAAGGAUAAGCCCUUGGAAGAGGCUCAGAUAGCACUUCUCCAACGCAUGGUCUCGCUCUGGAAGACCAAGAAAGCGCCUGCAGAAAUCAUCCUCAACCCCACGAAUCUUGAGCCUCCCACCAACGGCGCCGCCUUUGCGGCACGCUCUCCUUCUCCAUCGCCAAACCCAACCCCAAGUUUGACAGCUACCGUCCGCUUCAUCAGCAAGAACCCUAACUUGAUGAAAGCGUCCUACCUCCUCACUCCAGAUCCGACAAACACGCGCUGGAUACGGCGAUACGUCGAACUACGAAAGCCAUACCUCCACAUCUACUCAUCAGACGGCGACGAGAUCAACGCCAUCAAUGUCAGCACAGCGCGUAUCGACCAUUCGCCGCAAAUCGCGAAACUACUUGGAGGCGGACAGCAAAGCAACGGCCAAGGAAAUGCCGGCGCGCACAAGGACGUUGUCUUUGCCGUCUUCGCGAGAAGCAACACGUACAUCUUCCGAGCGCGAAGCGAGAGGGAGAAGAUCGAAUGGAUAUUGCGAUUAGAUCAAAGCUACUUCAGCAGCGAAGGAAGCGAGGCGUCGACGUGA